AUGAAGGUCAAGGUCCACGGGGUCAAAAGUCAUAGCAUGCUUAAAUCUCCUUCCACAGCUCCUUCCACAGAUUGUAAAGAUCUUCGAGAUAAUGGUCAGGCUAAUUCCGGUGUGUACGAAAUUUAUCCCUAUGGGACGAGCUCCAGACCUGUCAGAGCUUAUUGUGAUAUGGACGCAAUGGAUGGAGGAUGGACGGCCAUUCAGAAACGAGUUGACGGAUCUGUAAGAUUUAACAAGAGUUGGACAGAAUACAAGAAUGGUUUUGGUUCUCCGGAAGGGAAUGUCUGGAUAGGAAAUGACGUUAUCCAUCAGUUAACAAAGGGAAAGAACUCAUCCCUCUAUGUUUCUAUCACACUCUUGAAUGGCACGACACUGUAUCAGUUGUACGAUGGAUUCUCUGUUUCCGAUGAAGCAGAAAAAUACAAACUUUUCCUGACGGGAAGCAUCAAGGGGACCUUAGAUGACAGUAUGUUGGACACACAUUAUGGUCGUUUGUCUGGGAUGUACUUUAGUACAUUAGACAGGGAUAACGACAAUCACAUGAUAAACUGUGCUCUUCUUCUCGGAGGAGGUUGGUGGUAUAACGAAUGUCACAAAGCUUUCCUCAACGGGCCCUGGUCCAAAAUCAACUGGAAACAGGUCUGGGGUUCCAUAAUUACAGAUGGAAGAGAAGUUAGAGGGACGAUGAUGCUUAUUAAGCGUAAUUAA